AUGGCGCUUCGGCACAGGGACACCAAAGUACGGACUGGCUAAGUGACUCUUCGGUCGUCUCAAGUUCGUGACCGCUGGGUCACACACCACGGUCUCUACGUCAGCACAAUUCCUGGAGAAACUCAAAGGGGUAAGCAUCGCCAACAGGAUUUUAAAAGCCAGUCAAGUCUUCGGUCACCUCCAAAGCACAGUUUGGAAUCGUCAUGGUCUCCAACUGAGCACGAAGCUGAAGAUUUACGGGGCCGUCAUCCUGCCGACACUACUGUAUGGAGCGGAGACUUGGACGGUGUACGCAAAGCAGGCACGCAGUCUGAAUCAGUUCCACUUCAAUUGUCUUCGUCGCAUCCUGAGGCUGAACUUGCGCGAUCGAAUCUCCGACACUGAUGUGCUGGAACAGACGGGAAUCCUCAGCAUCUACGCCAUACUAAGGCAACUGCAGCUGCGCUGGAGCGGCCACUUGGUGCGAAUGGACGACGAGCGACUACCCAAACGACUCUUCUACGGAGACGUCGCGCCGGGUUCUCGCCGUCCAGGAGGCCGGAUUCGCCGUUGCAGGGAUACCCUGAAGUCCUCCCUGAAACGCCUGCAAAUCAACCCCAGCAACUGGAAGGAGCUAGCACUCGAUCGACUGACCUGGAGGAGGACAGUGAAGAAAGGCGCUGCGAUCUACGAAGCCAACCGCAUCGCUGCCGCCAAAGCGAAACGGAAGGCCCGCAAAUCACAACUAAGCCCAGUACGCAACGCCGCCGCACAACCGCUUCCAACGUGUCCUCGAUGUCGACGGACAUUCCGGGCUCGAAUCUGA